CCCUGCGCCGAACGAGACUGCAAGGAGACAGGAGACAGGAGUCUAGGAGACAGGAGUCUAGGAGACAGGAGUCUAGGGCGCUUGGUUCCCUCCUAGUUCCCUUCGAAGCUCCCUACAUUCCUCCAGAAACCAGCUAGCGGCUCCGGAGCGAACAAGAAGUUAGUGCGCAGCUGCCCACUCAACAUGGUCUGAUGCCCGGAGAGAGGAGACAUCAGCAUCCGACAGAGAAACAACCGAAGUGGAGGAGCAGGAACACUUUUCUCCUUCGUCCGUCCUGCUGUCAGCGUGUGUGUCCGUCCUGCCCGCAGUGUAGCUUCCUGAAGGCUGCCAGGUGAGAUCACCGAAAGAAGGAAACUCAAACACCGAGCUCACCCGAAGAAUUUAAAGUUUACCUGUUUUUCUGUGAGGAGUUUUGAGAGUCUGGACGCAUGAAUAGGUGCAGAGCAUGGUCCAUCGUCAUCCUACAGACGAUCAUCUUGAACAUUUAUGGAGGAGUGACAGUGUCCUUGCUGGCAGAGGACCAUGGCCCUGAGCGAUGCAAGCGGCGACCCUCUGGCCCUCAGUAACGGAGGGCACCACCCUCUCAGCGCCAACGGAAACGCCCCUUCAAACACCAGCACACCAGUCAACCACGGCCAGGACCCUCUCGCAGCAGCCUGUGGUGGAGACUCCCCGACAGCAGACGGAGAGGAAGACGUCAUAGUGAAGGAUGCAGCGUGUAAACCAGCGCAGCCGAAGCAGCAGAGAUCGCACGUUACCCAGAGAACCAACAGGCCGAGCCAAAAUGGCGGCGUGGUCAAACAGAACGGCUCCUUGAGGAACCUGCUGUCCUCCUCCGUCACCUCUUCCUCCCCGGCCGUCACGGACUCCCAGAGGCCGGCCAGAUGCGACCUGCCCUCCACCCUCUCUCCGUCCUCCUCCUCCCCUCCUCUCCAGCCUCCGCCGCUCUGCUGCCAGCACUGUCACUUCCACUCCACCCUGUGCUGUCCCUGUGGGCAGCCGGACUGCCCCCUCUUCCAGACUCCAGCACCGGGACCAGGACCCGGCUCCGCCCCCCACCCUGGCACCGCUCCGUCCUGCCCGUGCUGCCUGUCUGCCUGCACGUACUCUCACCCACAUCCUCAUCCUCCUCACCCAUCCUCUGCUCUCUGUCUCCAUCACCACCACCACCAGCGCUGGCAAGAGCACCUCCAGAACCAGACGCCUGGCAGCAGCCCUCCGAGGCCCUUUCGUUUCCCCAAAAGCUAUGCCGAGCUGAUAGCUGAUUGGCCCGUGGUGGUGCUGGGGGUGUGCACAGUGCUCAUCGUGGUGUGUGCUCUUGUGGGCGUCCUGGUUCCGGACCUGCCUGAUUUUUCGGACCCUCUGCUGGGUUUUGAGCCACGGGGAACAGCCAUUGGUCAGCGACUGGUCACAUGGAACAACAUGGUGAAGAAUACAGGCUACAAAGCAACGCUGGCGAACUACCCCUUCAAAUAUGCUGAUGAACAGGCCAAAAAUCACCAGGAGCCGAGGUGGCCCGAUGAGCACUUUGAUCGAGACAAACGUCAAGCAGAGUGGGACUUCAGCAAAGAGUUCUUCUGUGAUGUUCCAGGUGACAGUUACUCCAGACUGGUGUUCACAUCAGCUGAGGGGAAGAACCUGUGGAGCAUUCAGGCCAUCAAAUCUAUGUGCAAUCUGGACAACACAAGGGUGCGCUCCCAUCGGGACUACUGGAGUCUGUGUCAGCGCACUAACGACGCCUCCUGCUGUCCCAGCUGGACUCUGGGUAACUACAUCGCCGUCCUCACCAACAGGUCGUCCUGCCAGAAGAUCACAGAGCGCGACGUGUCGCACACGCUCAAGAUCCUGCGCUCAUGUGCCAAGUAUUACCACAACGGCACUCUGGCGCCUGACUGCUGGGACAUGGCCCUGCGACGGAAAGACCAGCUCAAGUGUGCCAGUGUGCCCCGGAAGUGCACCAAGUACAACGCUGUCUACCAGAUCCUUCACUUCCUGGUGGACAAAGACUUCCUCAGUCCCAAGAGCCUGGAGUUUCCUCCACCUGUACUCAAGUACAGCAUGCUCUUCUCCCCCACGGAGAAAGGAGAGUCGAUGAUGAACAUUUAUUUAGACAAUUUUGAGAACUGGAACGCCUCAGACGGCAUCACCACAGUUACAGGGAUCGAGUUUGGCAUCAAACACGACCUCUUUCAGGACUACCUCCUCACGGACACAGUGUAUCCUGCCAUAGCCAUCGUGAUCGUCCUGCUGGUCAUGUGUGUGUACACACGCUCAGUGUUCAUCACUCUGAUGACGAUAAUAGCCAUCAUCAGCUCUCUGAUCGUGUCUUACUUUCUCUACCGAAUGGUCUUCAACUUUGAGUUCUUUCCCUUCAUGAACCUCACGGCGCUCAUCAUCCUGGUGGGCAUCGGUGCAGACGACGCCUUUGUGCUUUGCGAUGUGUGGAACUACACCAAGUUUGAUAAGCCGCAUGCUGAGCUGUCGGAGACGGUCAGUGUGACGCUGCAACAUGCUGCCCUCUCCAUGUUUGUCACCAGCUUCACCACCGCAGCAGCGUUUUAUGCCAAUUACGUCAGCAACAUCACCGCCAUCCGCUGUUUCGGUGUCUACGCCGGCACCGCCAUAUUAGUGAACUACAUCCUCAUGGUGACGUGGCUUCCUGCUGUGGUGGUGCUACAUGAACGCUACCUGCCGAAUGUGUUCCCCUGCUCGAAGCCUCCACACCAGGAGGGAGGAGUCUGCACCCGGGUGUUCUGGGCAGGACUUUGUCAGAAGGCCAACAAAUGCCUCUUCACUGUCUCUGAGGCGUCAAGGAUCUUCUUCGAGAAGGUGCUGCCCUGCAUAGUCAUCAAACUGCGCUACCUCUGGCUCUUCUGGUUCCUCGCCAUGACGGUGGGCGGGGCCUAUGUGGUUUGUGUCAACCCAAAGAUGAAGCUCCCGUCUCUGGAGCUGGCAGAGUUUCAGGUGUUCCGAUCCUCGCACCCGUUCGAGCGCUACGACGCGGAGUACAAGAAGCUUUUCAUGUUUGAGAGGGUUCAUCACGGCGAGGAGCUGCACAUGCCCAUCACCAUCAUCUGGGGCGUGACGCCGGUGGAUAACGGGGACCCGCUGAAUCCCAAGAACAAGGGGAAGCUGAUGCUGGAUAGCAGCUUCAACAUCGCCAGUCCUGCAGCUCAGCUGUGGAUCCUCAACUUCUGCCAGAAGCUCAGAAAUCAGAGCUUUGUCUUUCAGUCGGAGGAGCAGGACUUCACCAGCUGCUUCAUCGAGACCUUCAAACAGUGGAUGGAGAACCAGGACUGUGAGGAGGCGUCGGUCUACCCCUGCUGCAGUCAGUCCACCUUCCCUUACAAGCAGGAUGUCUUUGAGUUGUGCAUCAAGAGAGCCAUCAUGGAGCUGGAUCGGAGCACUAACUACCAUCUGGACAGCAAGACCCCCGGGCCUCGCUUCGACAUCAACGACACCAUCAGAGCCAUCGUGUUGGAGUUCCAGAGCACCUACCUCUUCACGCUGGCCUACGAGAAGAUGUACCAGUUCUACAGAGAGGUGGACGCCUGGAUCACUGAGGAGUUGCGUUACGCUCCGGCAGGCCUGAGCCACGGCUGGUUCAUCAGCAACCUGGAGUUCUACGACCUGCAGGACAGCCUGUCAGGCGGCACGCUGGUGGCCAUGGCGCUGUCGGUGGCUGUGGCUUUCAGCGUCAUGCUCCUGACGACCUGGAAUGUCAUCAUCAGUCUCUACGCCAUCCUGUCAAUCGCAGGGACCAUAUUCGUCACAGUGGGCUCCCUGGUGCUUCUGGGCUGGGAGCUCAACGUUUUGGAGUCUGUUACUAUUUCUGUAGCAGUGGGGCUGUCGGUGGACUUCGCUGUCCACUAUGGCGUGGCUUACCGGCUCGCCCCAGAACCGGACCGUGAAGGAAAGGUGAUCUUCUCUCUCAGCCGCAUGGGCUCUGCUAUCGCCAUGGCGGCACUGACCACCUUUGUUGCGGGCGCCAUGAUGAUGCCCUCGACCGUGUUGGCCUACACCCAGCUCGGCACGUUCAUGAUGCUGAUCAUGUGCAUCAGCUGGGCCUUUGCUACCUUCUUCUUUCAGUGCAUGUGUCGCUGCCUGGGACCUCAGGGCACCUGCGGUCAGAUCCCUCUGCCCAAAAAGCUACAGUGUCAGGUGUUCUCAGAGGUCACGUCUGCGAGCCCCUCCUCCCAGGGGAAAGGCUCCGGCCUGGGGAAGUACCAGCUGGACGGCAGGGGUGGGGAGGCGGAGCACUACGAGUUAGAGCCGCUGGCGUCCGCUCAGAAACCUGACGACAAACCCAGGGAGGAGCAGGAAGUGUGUCCUCAGCUUUUUAAUGGGAUUCCUCCUCACCACCACAGCGGCCCUUAUUCUCACAUCCAUUACAAGAGUAAGACUGAGAGUGGCAGGACCGGACCUGAGAACGGGCUUGUAGCCGCGCUCAGCACACCUUCCAGGUGUCAGUACUCCCAGAACACUAACUGCACAUGUGGGGACCCUCCUCCUCCUCACCUGCCUCAGCAGUGGACCCCCCUCUCCUGUGCUCAGCCUCCCCAGGACUCUCCCUCCUGCCCUGCCACCCCUCAGCUCUUCCCCCUCUCAGGAAGCAGCCCGAGCAAGCAGAAUGCAGCCCUGUUACCUGCGACCCUGGACCCGGUCUACGCACACAUGGAGUGCCGUAUGCACUACAUCCACUGCCCCCCUGUGCAUUUCCACCACUGCUCCCAGGGCAGAGUGGUGCCCCCGAGGCAAGGACCUGCCCACAGCUGCCAUCUCAGGAAGUGCGUCCACGCUGCGAGCCUGCAGGCCGGUUCAGCCAGAGAGCAGAGAUCCACCAACACAGCUGUGAACCAGGACUCAGCUCCUGGUUCAGUCUCUGGCUCACAGCCCGGGGGACAAGAGGACGAUCAGAAACAUGAAACGAGGCCCUCAAGUCCUGCCAGUAGCUCGACCCCAACACAGCCUCAGACUCAGAGCGCCUCCCCCUCACCGGGCUCGCCACACACAAACAGAGGAAGACAGACAGCGAAGUACAGUGAUCAUUGUUGUGGUGAUAAUCACGUGUCCACCACAACCACAGAUACAACAAUGCAAAUGGAUGCUUGUUGUAAAAUCCCUGGUAACCAGGAGAAGCUGGACAGCGUUCCCGUCACACGGGAGGAUAAAAAGUGCAAGCAGAACUCCAAAAGACAGCGGGCGUCCUCCGCCUCUCCAAAGAAACUCUACUGUUUUAACAGGACGUUGAAAGUGAAGUGCAAUUCAGCUUCAGAGUUUAACGUGCCAAAAACUGAAACCAGCGUGCCUCCUAUUGCAGUAAACACUAAUCCCUCCUCUGAAAGCUUGUGCUGAUGAUAAAUCCAUAUUUUAAUAAGAUCUUAAUGCAGAACAAAUGGCAGAAGUCCAAAAAACAAGGACCGACACGCAGUGUGUCUGCAGUCGGACGAGGUGUGUGAUGUGUUUGUCGACCAAGUGCCUCAGUGUGUUUUCACACAGCUCAGACCUGCUCACUGUAUUCAGUUUACAUGUUUCCUGUACUCACCACAGUUUGUUUGAUUUUACAGUGAAGCACGCACUGUUGUUAAAGCUACAUCAUUAUGGGAAAUUAUGGGAAGUUUCACACACACCUCUAUGAAACGUGUUGAAUAUACUCACAGCAGCCGUUUGCACCAACGUCAAGUCGCACAGCAUCUGUAUUGUGAUUUUGUGUGUAAUUAUCUAUAAACGCUGUCAGACACGAUUACAUCGAUGGAAACGUGCCACGUUUACAAGCUGGUUCAAAGUUGUUACCCGACACGUCUCGUGUUUGUGGGAGCUCGUGUUGAAUUCUCAGUGUGAUCUCGUGUUCAAGUCGCCACAUGCCUCAGAUAUACUGUAUGAUUAAAAUGUCUUUUUUUAUCA